CCCGCUUGGAGGCGGUCCCCGCGCCAAGGAGCCCCGCAUCCCUGACCCACGCAGGGCUGCGACUGGCACCCGGGUGAGGGCAUGGGUGACUUUACGGCGCUGAAGACAUGGAGGGCCACAGCCCUUUUUGGCUCAGGGUCAUACAGCAUUUACAUCACAAUUGGGUCGGAGUUUAAAAAUGUCUGGCCCUCUCCCUCCCCACCACCUGCGGCUGUGUCCAGACGGAGAAUGUUUUAGCCCUGGAGGCAGCUGUGGAUGAAGUCCUCGGUGGGAAAAGGAGCGGGCCAAGGGCGAUGGUGGAGUAGAGCUGCCUCGCAGAGGCAGCAUGAGCUGAGAGGGUGAUAGGAAGGAGGCGCUACACAGCAUGGAGGACUUUCUACUCUCCAAUGGGUACCAGCUGGGCAAGACCAUUGGGGAAGGGACCUACUCAAAAGUCAAAGAAGCAUUUUCCAAAAAACACCAAAGAAAAGUGGCAAUUAAAAUUAUAGACAAGAUGGGAGGGCCAGAAGAGUUUAUCCAGAGAUUCCUGCCUCGGGAGCUCCAGAUUGUCCGUACCCUAGACCACAAGAACAUCAUCCAGGUGUAUGAAAUGCUUGAGUCGGCUGAUGGGAAAAUCUACCUGGUGAUGGAGCUGGCCGAGGGAGGGGAUGUCUUUGACUGUGUGCUGAAUGGUGGACCACUGCCUGAGAGCCAGGCCAAGGCUCUCUUUCGCCAAAUGGUUGAAGCCAUCCGCUACUGCCAUGGCUGUGGUGUGGCCCACCGGGAUCUCAAGUGUGAGAACGCCUUGUUGCAGGGCUACAACCUGAAGCUGACAGACUUUGGCUUUGCCAAGGUGCUACCCAAGUCACGCAGGGAACUGAGCCAGACCUUCUGCGGCAGCACAGCCUAUGCCGCCCCCGAGGUGCUGCAGGGUAUUCCCCACGAUAGCAAGAAGGGGGAUGUCUGGAGUAUGGGUGUGGUCCUGUAUGUAAUGCUCUGUGCAAGCCUACCUUUUGAUGACACAGACAUCCCCAAGAUGCUGUGGCAGCAGCAGAAGGGGGUGUCCUUCCCUACUCAUCUGGGCAUUUCAACUGAAUGCCAGGACCUGCUCAAGAGGCUCCUGGAACCCGACAUGAUCCUCCGGCCUUCAAUCGAAGAAGUUAGUUGGCACCCAUGGCUAGCAAGCACUUGA